AUGCGACUGAUUUCCAUUUUCAUUAUAAUUGAAAUUAAUAUUAAUGAAAAAUUUUCACUCACUUGUGUUGCCUCAAUUAUUAUGCUAAGUUAUUCACAUUUUAUUAUUAAUCAAGGUUGCUCUAAGUCAUUUAUUAUCUAUGGAGAAGAAAAUUUUGUGACAAGCCAUUCUAAAGCCAUCCCAAUAAAUCAUCAGAAACUUGCAUUAAAAUUUAUAUGAAAUCAUAUUUUAUUUUUACAAAUACAUCAUCAUGGCUUUAUUACACAAAGAUCAAGCAAAGAGAGCAUCCAACCAUCAAGGCGAUUCAAUAUAAAAUCAUACAGUUUAGCAAGGCUCUCUAACUUCAACAAAUAA